UCGAGGGGGUAUGGACCGAAUUUCUGAUGACAAAGACAAUAAAUUCAUUCGUCAUAUUUUAUACAGUACCCAAAAACCGGCACGCUUCGGCUUUUAUCGUUACGCUAGCCGCCUAUGGUACGUCUGUAAGCGCUUUUCUCAUUGGUCAUGUCGAGUCUUUUCCGGCAUUCUAUUUUAGAAUAACCAAUCAAAUUACAGUUUACAUUGUCGUCUUGUCUGUUCUCAAAUGCGUCAAAAUGUCGGAUAUUAAUGAAAAUUAAGAAUGAACAAUUGAAAAAAUGACGACAAUUGCCGAUCGGGACACCCAGCUCAUUAAAGAAGUUGACGCAAGGGUGAAGAACCAAUGGAAAUUUGGAUGGUUGGAAAAAACAACAGACAUUCAACAAGGGGAAACGAAAAUAAACGUCCGAAUUGGUGACUGUUUUGACAAGAUAAAAACUGUUGGACAGGCUCGCUGCAAGGUUUGCAGCAAAGUCAUAAAUUAUGGCUCUCGUGGCAUGAUAAGCCUGAUUGAACACAUCAAAAGUGCGAAACAUGUGAAACUGUAAUUUGAGUCCCGCCAAUCUUACAAGGUUGACUCGAUGUUCAAACAAUAUGCAGGAGAGCCACAAGCUAGCAAUUCCCCAUCGACAUCCAGUGUCCCGUCAGGAAAUUUUCCAGUACACAAUCCUAUGUGAGACAGAAUUUCAAAUGCAGAGGCAACAACACUUGCAGUUGUCACAGAACAUGGUAUGCCACUGUCAUAUGUUCCAACCAUCACCAACCUGGCCAAAACACUUGCUAAAGACCAAAAAGCUCUGUCUGAGGUGAAACUGGAUAGGACAGCAGCUGCCUACAAAACAAAAUAUGGGUUGGCUGAAGGAUUCCGACAGAAACUCAUUAGCAAACUAAGAAAAUGUUCAUUUUCACUGAACCUGGAUGAAGCCACCAGCUCAAACAAGAAGAAGGUACUGACAAUGCUGGUUUCUUUCUAUGACUCUGAAACAAAUGAUGUUAAGAUUGAACACCUGGACUCUGUUGAAAUUAGAAAGACUGAUUCUGAGUCUAUAUUCCAGGAAAUUGUGAAAGCUAUUGAAGGUAAUGACAUUCCGUGGAAAAAUCUAAUGUCCUGAUGGAUUCUUGUGGUGUAAUGAGAGGGAACAAAAAUGGUGUGGAAACAAGACUACGCAGAGAAAAAGCUCCUCACCUUCUUGAUGUAGAUGGAGAUUCAUGCCACCACAUUCACAACAGCUCCAAAAAAUUGUGUGAACCAUUUGCCCGGUACCUGGAAAGUCUCUUCAAUGACUUGCAUGCUGAUUUCCAAUAUUGCUCGGAAUAUGCUCAGUUUUUGGAAGAAAUCUGUGGGAUGAUCAGCAUCAAGUACAGCAAGCCAGCCAGGUUUAUCCCCCAUAGAUGGCUAUCAGCUUAUGAUAUUUCACUGCAAACCACAAUGCUGUAUGACGCCUACGUCAUUUUCUACUACCCGUUCCUAAGCAAUGAAGAUAAGAAGACGUACAAGGAAGUUACAGAAAAAAUCUUUGCAGAUCGAGGUGUCAGUGCCGAUGGGGUGAAGAAGUUGCAGGCCAAAAUCUCCGCAAAGAAGAUGACUGAUGAUGGAAAGCAGAGGAAGAAACGGAUGUGCCUCAAGAUUCUGAUGACAGAUAUAACAACAAAACUCCAACUGUCGUUCUACACCUCAAAGAUGCAAAUCCUGAAGCAGUAUGUUCUGCUCUUCCAGAGUGCAGACACCUUAGUGCACCAACUCCAUGAGCAGCAGUUCAAGACCUUCAAAGAGUUCCUGGCCUGCUUUAUGAAAGCUGAACACUUGGUCACCCUCACACCAAAGACAGCAAAGACAAUGACCUUUGGCAACCCUGAAGAAGUGCUGCACCCAAUGUCCAUGUACAUUGGGUCAGCCGCAGAAGAGAUAAUCAUGAAGCUCAAUAAAAAAGACUCCAAUGUCAGAACAUUCUUGUCGCAGGCCCAGGAUGCGUUCAUUCAAUGUGCUGCACAAAUGCAGAAAACACUGCCACUAAACAAUAGGACAUUAAAGUCACUAGCGGCUAUUGACCCUGCUCUGGCCAACCAUUCCCAAGGAACCAAAAUGCUAAAGCGCCUUGCCUUAGAGGACUUUCAACACUUGUUGAAUGAAGGGGAGGAGGAGGGAGUGAGAAAGGAACUCUUGCAGUACAGCACAGAUAACACCAUCUCGGAUGUGAACAAUAAUGUGGUAGAGUGGUGGGCUAGAGUCCAAGCCAAGGGAAGCUACCCCCUUCUGUGUAAAGUAGCAACAGCAUGUCUGUCGAUAUUCCAUGGGCCUGCAGUGGAAUCAUCUUUCAAUUGUCUAGGAGAUAUUGUUGACAGUAAAGCUGCAAGUAUGGAGGUGGAGACAUACAGCGCCUAUCAGACUGUGCGCUAUGCCCUUAAGGCCAGGCACACAACAGCCAUGGCAUACUUCAGUAAGAAGGAUGUGAACCAGAAUGCUCAAAUUGACAAACACAUGUGUGUACAAAUGCGAAUGGCUGCUCAGCGUUACAAAAAAGUGCAAGCUGAGAAGAGGGAGAAGAAGGGUAAAAAACUGAAAUCAGUGAAAUCUGUGAAAGAGCAAAUACAAAAUGUGAGCAAAAUGGACUAUGACAAUCAUGUUGAGGCAGAAAUGGCCAGAGCAAAGAAACGUGUGAUGAAGGAAAAACUGCUGGCACUUGCUAAGAAGAGGAAGAUAUCUGGAUAGAUCUUAUGUUCAUGACAAGAAUAUCUGAAUACAAAUUGUUGACAUGUAGAACAUUAUACAUGUACAUAUAUGAUGUCCUUUUGCUGUUUUGCUGACUAAGCCAUUGAUAUGUACAUUGUUUGAUAGAUCGAUGCAUAUCAAUAAUGAUUUGCUGUUAUAUUCAAAUUGUGAUUGCCAUUUAGUGAUUGAUGAAAUUAGCGAUCAGUACUACAUAUUUUAAUAUUGAUAACUUGAAGACAUCAUUUUAAUAUUGAAUGCCAUUAACUCUGAUCACAUGUGUAUGUUUUGCUGUUACAUGUAUAUGAUAUUUAACUAUAUGUAUGUAUGAACCACAGUCUAAAGACUCUUUGUUUACAUUGAGAAAUCAAGUGUAGCUAUUCUGACAUUUUGAUAAAAUUGCUUUAGUUCACUUAUAUAUAUGUGAGAAGACUGUUCUUUCUGAUAUUCAGUAUUAAUUUAUACCAAGCCAUGCAUGUUUGAAAAUAUUGCCAGGUUCUUUCAUUGGCAUUUGUCACAGUUUAAAGCUGUAAUAUCAUUUAUCAUGUAAUUGUACCAGAUACUAUAAUAGUGCUUACUACA